UCUGUCUUCGUCCUUGUCAGCUACAAGACCUGUUGUGGAGGAUCCGGGGACUUGGAUUCUCAGCAAAAGAAAGGUUUUGGGUUUAUCUCACCUGGGGGAAGUCCCUUGUCUGCACAAUGCAAACACACGAGCAUUGCCCCAGACCUACAGGACCGUCUUGGCCUGUGGAAUUCAGCCGCCGCUUUCAGAGGAGCCAAGUUUCUGUUUCAUUUGAAGAAUCUGUGUUGUGAUCACCGCAUGGGAAGGGCCCGAAGCUGCUGGGAUCGGCGCUGUGGAGCUGGGAGGAGAGCCACAGACCGCCGCCGCGGCUGCCUGCCCGCUCGGCCGCCCCCCGGCCUGGCGCUCGGAGCCUUUCCUUGCCAGAAGCGAGUACAGCCUGCGGCUUCCCGCCCCGAGCAGGGAAGAGCCCGUAAGCGUGCCGUGGUGCCUGCCCUCGCUGCAGCUGCUGCCCUCGAGUGCAAAGUAUGAUUUGAAACACUCAACAUGGACUUUUCACGUCUACACAUGUACACUCCUCCCCAAUGUCUGCCAGAGAACACUGGCUAUACAUAUGCACUCAGUUCAAGUUACUCUUCAUCUGCUUUGGACUUUGAGACUGAAAAUAAAAUAGAUCCAGUAUUUGAUUCACCAAGGAUGUCACGGCGUAGUUUACGGUUAGCUGCUGCAGGAUUUAGUAAAUCAGAGGAGGCACAAAAUGAUGCCCUUCGUGACAGCUCUUAUGCCGGAAACUUUAGUUUCAGAGAACAUUCUUCCAAGAUGGCAAAGCAACACAGAAGUACAAAUAAACGAUCUGGCAGUGCAAGACAAACGCCAAGGAGAACUCUAUCCAGCUCUUCCAUUUUUAGCCAAAGCAGUUUCAAUAGCCAUGCCGGUGACUCAUCAAUGGAUGUAUUGGAUGAAUCUUUGAUUCAAGAGCGGACAGAAGUUGGUCAUUUCUGGGGUCUUGAUGAGGAAGGUGACCCUAAAGUCAGUGAUGCUGCACCAAUACAGGGAAAUGGUGAUGUAGCAACAACAGAAGCAGAGACCUCAAUGAUCAAUGGCUACACUUGCAGUGGCUGCAGCAUGCUUUCUGAACGAAAGGAGGUUCUCACAGCACACUCAGCUUCUCCUGUGCCAUCUUCCACAAUUUACUCUAGGGAUCGGAGCAGGAAACACGCAUAUAGAGGAGCCUAUUUCUACAUGAGUAAGAUUCUACGAUCGGUCAAACAUGCUACGGCAUCUUUUGCAUCACUGUUAGUGCAACUAUUUCAAAUGGUUUUGCUGAAGCUGGGUUAUGAAUUUAAAGCUAACUCAGACUACUGUGGAAGCAUGAAUGUAAAGGAGUUUUACAGAGAAGAUAGCCAUCUUGGUGUAAAUGAGGAAUCAAUAUGUGAUGACUGUAAGGGGAAGAAACAUCUUGAAAUAUACACCACAGACCACAUGCAAUCCUCAUGGGCUAAAAGGGUAGCAAGGACCAUUUGGCACACCUUUUCUUAUGCAGGUUACUUUAUGCUUCACGUGUUGCGAACAGUGGGAGCAACGGGAUGGCUUGUUUCUCAGAAGGUGUUGUCUCUACUUUGGCUGGCCAUUCUUUCUCCAGGGAGGGCAGCUUCUGGCAUGUUCAGUUUGCUUAGAACUAGGUGGUAUCAACUUGUUACUCUGAUGUCUUUGCCCAAGGUGGUUCUUCUAAAAAGAUGCCUUCCGAAGACCUACAAGCUGCUACUGUUUCUUAUCCCACUCCUUUUUCUACUAGGUAUAGGGUUCUGGGGGUUUGGUGGCUCCAUUUCAUUAUUACCUUCAUUGAGCUGGACAAGAACUGACAGAAUAGGGAGAAUAGAUGACUACACUCAUCUUCCUGAACCGCAGGCUGAUUCUUCUCACUCUGGAGGUUGCACAAAGGAUACCAUGACUGUCUUUGAUGCUGGUCGUAUAAGUCAGCUGGAGAAGCAGGUAGCAUUCAUGUCUGACAGAUGCCAUCACAGUGAUGAAGAAUAUAGCAAAGUUUUGCUUCUACUUCGUAAUCUUCAAGAUCAGGUUGCCCAGAUGAGCGACAAAAGUGAAACACUGAAGCUAAUUAAAAAUGUGGUGGGUCAGCAUCUUAAAGACAAGGAACUGGAGGAAAAGACUGACUUCCUGGCUUUACAUAAAGAACAUCAGUUGCGCAUCCUGACACUGGAAGAGCUUCUUGGAAAACUCUCUACUGAAUCCAAGGACAUCCAGAAGGAGCUUGACGCAGCCAAAGCAAAACCAGUGAGAGAUGAUGAUGAACAUAAUCAGCUUUUGUCCAGAAUUAAAAAGCUGGAACUAGAGUUGACUCAGAUGAAAUCAGAGCUCUUAACUGGGGAAAGUGUGAAGACAAGUUGCGAGAAACUGGAUGUCAUUCCUGAAAAAGUAGACGCAUGGGUCAAAGAAUAUGUCAAGCUAAUGCUUUUUGGUGAUCAACAAGAAGACUUUCCAGAAUCGCUUCUCCAAUGGCUUAUGUCCAAUUUUGUGAGCCAAAAUGAUCUGCAGACUUUGCUGCAGGAUCUAGAGUUUCAAAUCCUCAAGAAUAUUACUCUCCAUAUGUCUGUUACAAACCAAAAACUAACAUCUGAAGUAGUAACAAAUGCUGUGACUAAUGCAGGGAUUUCUGGAAUCACAGAAGCGCAAGUACAGAUUAUUGUAAACAAUGCACUGAAACUGUACUCUCAAGACAAGAUUGGUAUGGUGGAUUUUGCCUUGGAAUCUGGAGGUGGCAGCAUUGUGAGUACUCGCUGUUCUGAAACCUAUGAGACCAAAACAGCAUUAUUUAGCCUCUUUGGAAUCCCUCUGUGGUACAUGUCUCAGUCUCCUAGAGUGGUAAUUCAGCCGGACAUACAUCCAGGAAACUGCUGGGCUUUCAGAGGGUCACCGGGAUAUCUUGUAGUUAAACUUUCAAUGAAGAUCUAUCCAACUGCCUUUACAGUGGAACACAUACCAAAAACACUUUCACCAACAGGAAAUAUUACCAGUGCUCCUAAGAAUUUUUCAGUAUAUGGUCUAGAUGAUGAAUAUCAAGAAGAUGGCACACUUCUUGGACAGUAUGUCUAUGAUCAAGAAGGGGAACCGCUGCAGAUGUUUCCAGUGAUGGAGAAAAGUGAAAAGACAUUCCAAAUAGUGGAACUAAGAAUUUUUUCUAACUGGGGACAUGAAAAAUAUACAUGCCUUUAUCGGUUCAGAGUGCAUGGGAAACCUGCCGAAUAAUCUCCUACACUACAGCAUUGGUUUUUUUGUUGUACAUUUUGUUCUCUGUUUGUAUAUACCGGAAAGCCUAGAACACUGGAAUCUUUAAAGGAUGAAGCUGCAAGAUAUAUACUGCAGAACUAUUGAUCCUCUGAUAAAGGCGGAAGACCGUCAGCAGAACUAUAUAGAAACUAAAUUGUAUUUGUUCUAAUGCUCAGUUGUAAUUGCCAGUUAGCUCUACAUUUUUGUGUUCAUGCUGAGAGAAGUAAUGCAUGCAAACUACUCUGGUUCGUAAAGCCCAGUUGGCAAAUAAGUGCCACCUAUUUUAUUACAGAUGAAUGUAUAGGGUUUUUUUAAAAGAAUAAACCAUACUUUCUGCAACUAGGAAUCUGGUGGGGGUUUUUUGGGUUUUUAGUUGUUGUUUUUUUUUUCUUUAAUCUGGGACUUAACUGCAUACUUCUGCAAGGUUGGCACCAUAAGCCAAAACCUUUGGUGCAUUUUAAACACUGACUGGCUGAAGGUGUCCUUCAACUGACCGUUGGUUUUGACCUUUUUGGUAGAUCCAAAAGGGCUUCUUUGAUACAUGUUGAAUAUAAUAAAUAUUACUGUCAGGGAAAGCUAACACAACCAAAACUAGUUUAAACACCAGCGACUGAGAAUGCUUAACUGUAAUUUGUGGCUGUGAAUUGCUCUAAAAGUCAGGGACAAUAAGUUAUUUUAGGGGGUUUUACCAUAGCAACUUGGCCAGUUUGUUCUUUUGUGUUAAUUCCAAAUUGACCUUGAUGCACUGACUAACUGGAUCAGAGCUGAUAUGCCUGCUAAAUUGCUUGGUAAACAUUAGUAUACAGCAGUUAAUUUGUCAAAAGCGAUCUCUUUGGGACAAGAAUUCCUUAGGCUUGUUCACUGUUACACUCAGUAAAUGUUGGACUGUGAGAAUGCAAUGUGUACAGGAAAACAAGACUGAAGUGAAUCUCACUGCUUCACAUUUACAAGUGGGACUUGUGCUCGGUACUGCUGCAUUAAAUAAAUGUAUGGGCAUUUUUUAAAUCCUCCCCAGGAACCUUAGUGGGGUAUAAGAUUAGAGUGAUGUCUUGCUUUCACAAGCAACAUUUCUGUAUAGAAUGAGAUGAAACCGCUUGUUGCACCCCUUACUUAGAAUUGCUACUUUGAAAAUACUUCUUGGAAAAAUUCCUAAAAUGCAUUUGUAUGCAGAAUUUUUCUUAUUCUUCUAAUGCAUUUUAUAGUUACACAUGAACUGUUAACACAUCAAACUGCUGACUGGUUUUCUGACUAGAGUUAUGUAUGUUGCACAACAGUCCUUGAAUGUUUUUAAAAACAAAAGUCUCCAUGUGCAAAACUUUUUUUUUUUUUUUUCACUUGAGCUGAGACAGAACCUAUGGCCUAUGCAGAGGAGCCAGAUUACACAUGUACAGGCAUUUUCAUAUUACAGGUUACGUAUUUAAAAUUAGAAUUAUCCUGUGUAAAUUGAAGUUAGGUAGCCGGGGCUGGGAAUAUUUUGAAUAACACUAACUUAUUUUUUAAAAAUAAAAAAAAGUAAGAUAGGACUUUGUGCAAUGUAUUUUUGUAAAUGCUUUUCAAAAUGUCUGUUACUCUUUGCUGCCUCCAAACUGACAAGAUGCUAUUGAGAUGUUUAAAUAAAAAGAAUUUUAAUUUUUGAAAGUGCAUGUAAUAAUAUUUGCAAUAAGAAAUAAAGCUUCUUUUUCUGUA